ACUACGUUUCCUAAUCAAGAACGUGAGGAAAAGAGAGGUCUGUUAAGUGCUUGGGGCGCCUGAAGGAUGGCGGCGGCGGAGGCGGGCCAGGUGCGGCGGGGGAUGGUAAUGGUUGGCCCGCCCUACCUGUAUAAUGGAGCCCAGAUAUGCGGAAGAAGGACUGGACGCACCUGUAUCUUCUUGCUGGCCGCCUUUGGUACUGCCUGCACUAUGAUUGGCUUGGUCUUCUUCACUGCGGACCUCAGAAUGGAGAGCGGGCUGUGGAUGGCGGGGGUGGCAUGCAUUGUCCUUGGCGUGGUGCUGCUGGUGUGGUUCAUGACACUGUGCUGCGCCGCCCGCUGCGCCUUCAAGAAGCUGCCAGCCUCCCACCCUGCCAGAGGCAUGCCCGCCAACGCCGUCCUGGUCACGCCGCGCUCCUCCACCUACCAGCUGCUGCCCAUGUCCCCCAACAGGAUCCAAGUAACCCCAUCCACAACCCCCUCCACCUCUAGACUGGGCACGCAGACCCUCCCCAGCCCAGCCAACAACAAGCCCAAAGCAGUACCCCCAGCUGCAGUGAUCCCCACCACGUACCCGACCUGGGGCCACGAGGGGCGCAGCAGGGAGUACACGCCAGGGCAGAUAGGGUUCCACCACACCAUAUACUCGUGGAACAACACACCGGAGUGGACCGGCAGCAUUCCAAGGGACCCAGGGCACGCAGGGAUAAGUCCACAUUACAGUAUGGUCAACCCUCUGGCGGCCCACACCCUUACACGUCCCUCGGCGCCCCUGCAGGAUAACUACUUGAGAGGAUACAAUGCACAUUUUUCGUCUGUACCGCACCGCUCGUCUAUGUCAGGAUAUGUGGCUGAUGAUAGCCCGCCUCCCUAUCACACUGUCGUCUCUGGCCCCUAACUAUCACUGUCUCCUCUCUUCUAUCACCCUGUCUUUUCUAGUCUCCCAGCUCUGUCAUCAUACUUCCUAUUCCCUCGUGUUCUCCAGUCUCGCUCUGUUCUUUACCUCUAUGACUGUAAUCCACCGCUACUUGUUAUCUGUUGUUCUUCUAAUAGUGCCAUAACUCUAUCUACUCCCUGUUUCCUCCCUUCACUCACUAACACAUCUGCCACGUCCUCCUCGUCAUCUUUCUUCUCCUCCUCCUCUGCUAUCCUUUCUCAUCACUGGCUUUCGUUUGCUCAGUUUUUUUACAUUUUCUUUCUAACACAGAUGAUUUUAGACUUAAAAGUUCUUACUUACUAAAUACGGUGUUUCAUGACAUAGUAUUACUGUUAAGGCGUGUAAGGAAAUGAAGUGUUUGUGUUGCAUGUAUGUAUGGAAAAUAACGCCAAAAUGUACAUAAGUAUGACUUGUUUGUAUAUAUAAAAAGAUUUCGAUAAAA